AUGCAUGAUUGCUCUCAGACGAACGGAACGCAGUAUUACGGAAAGCAAAUGACCAGUUCAACAGGGGAGCGAUGCCUAAACUGGCUAAAUUUACAUAGGGACCACAACUUGACCACUGACCUUGGCAGCGAUGCAGGGCUCUGGGACCACAACUACUGUCGCAGUCUUGAUGGGUCGGUGAGGCCGUGGUGCUACGUGGACGCCGGGGGAGGGGACAUUGAAAGACAAGACUGUGGCAUUGAUCCCUGCCAAGACCAGGUCCCUUUCCCAGGCACUGUAACAGAGGGGUGGUCCAGAGACACCCAGACAGAGCCGGUCGAUACCCUUCCCGUCCAGGGUGAAACUGUCGCAGUGAAACCUGACUCGGGCAUCAGCAGACACGUCCACGUCCGACCCAAGAAGAAAAAAGACCUUGGAGCUCUGGGUUAUGUUCUUGGGAUCCUCCUAAUGGCCAUCAUUGUAUUUCUUGGAUCGGGAAUAACGGUCGGCUACUUCUACAAAAGGGGUUUGAAGCUGAGACAGCAGCAGGAACAGAGGGCCUAUGAACAGGAGAUGCAGCGGAUGCAGCUCCCCAUGUCUGCGUUCUCUAACCCUGCCUGCGAUCUGUCAGAUGAGUGUACGCCGGACGUGGCCGAUCGGGACACCCCCCCGGGAACAGGAGGAGAGCCCAAACAGGAGGGAGCUGACACAGGGGACGGGAGUGAUGCUCCCAAAAAAGAGGCGGACUCUUCUGGUGCCUGA